CAGCAUUUUGGGAUAAUAUUUCAAUUUUUCGCCCUGGGAUGUCCAAGCUACUGAUCUUUAUUAAGGCACAUCAAUACCUUACCAACAUAUCAAAUUUAAUUAAAUUCCUUACAACCUCACACAAUAAAAUAAUCCAAUAAUAUUUUUCCUCAGCAAGAGGGUGAAUAUCACACAUUUUUCCUCCAUUAAUAAUCCUCAAAGAGAGCUUCCUUGCUGAGUACCUGGCUCCUUACACAAACAAAUCCCCGCCUCCUCAGAUAUAAUGACAACAGGAGACGCUGGCACAGAGGUCACAUGAUUGAAGUAUUGAACGGCAGACGGCCUUUCUCCUUUCAAGGGAUUGACAUGCAAAUAAAGCAAACAGUCAUUUCAUGCUGCAAUUGGUUGCUCUGUUUGUACAAGAUGACUGCAACGGGGUUUUAGCAGGUGAAAAACUUGUGUGCACAGCAAAGUUGGACAGGGAAGUGAACCAACAGGGACUUGGUGAUACAGGUACUAUAUGUACAGUAAAACCUGAGCAGAAGCAAAAGUAUGACGUGAAAAAACCAGUGUGAUCAACGACGUCCUCAGGAUCAUUUUCACGGGUCGCAGCAAGAUCACAGUAUCAGCCAGCGGUCAAAUUCAGAAAAGAGGAAAUACCUAGAGGCGUCAAAAACUUACCACAAAAUUCAAAAGUCUGUUCAUCUGGAUUUGGACCAAAAAUUUUAAUGAAUGAACCAUUUAUAAAUUGUGGUUGAAAACUGCAGUGAAACCACUGGACAAGCACACCUCAUUAAGGAGUAAGUUUUUCACUUUACCAUAAAAAACGUCCAAUAUUCUGCUGAGGGCUAAAAAACAAUCAUCCACAUCUGAGCACUAAUCUUUGCUGCACAUUUCAGCAGAUUAUUUCUAUGGAUUUUUUUUACCCACUCUGUAAAGGAGAUAGACUUAUUCUACAGGGAGGAUCAUUAAGGAUUCCUGUGGAGGAAACCAAGCCAAUUUAGUGUGUAGUUGCUACUUACAUCAGGCUAAUAGACCAAACAAAGGGGUGAUUUGAACUGGAUAUGAUAUCCAAGCCCCAGGCUGGAAGAGACAUGUGACGAAGGAGUUCUAGACGUUUAUGUUCUCAGACAGUGACGGCUGGUAAAUUAUGACAGAAAUAUUAUUCAGACCAUCUGGACAUUUCAAAACUCGUCAUCAUUCAAGGUAUUAAACUAACCUUUAUCUCUUCAAGAUACUGAAUCAAGCGGAUUUCGUUUAAAAUUAAUUUCCCAACUGGACACUGUUGCCAAGUGCACUGCAAUUUGUCAAUUUUUCUCCCCUGGCCCCGCAGGUGAGAUGAUGCCAGCUUGAUUACCAUAAGUGUGCUUGCAUAUUUGAAGGAGCAAGAUUAAUUGGACAUUUAUAAUUCAUGCUGACAGUUAUUACGUGGCUGCAACUUCAGGCUUUUCCACCCAGACAAACCAUUGCUCAAAGCACUGGAUGCUCCUCAAUAAUACUACUGUGUAAUUGAUCUGCACAUCUGAGUCAAAGAAAUCAUUCGCCAUUGCAGUGACACACACGGAAAAAUUCUAGAAAACACCUGGUGCUCUUCCUGUACCUGAUACAAACAUUUGCUGUUAAUUCACUUGGGUUUGCCCAGGAAAAGGAUAUUACCAUAAAAGUGAAACCUAAACUGUUUUGGCGUCUGCCAGCGUCUUGUUAAACAGCUGACUUAUCUGAGGGGUUUGCUAACAUUUCCUGGAUUUAAUUUAUACCCUAAACACAUCAGUGUAAAUUGACUUUUUUCAAAGAAAAUCUCCUGAAAUUUCCAAAAGCACACUACUUGAUUACCAUCUGUUCAGUGUACCAAGCAACGGGGAGAAUUUAACUGUGGCUAUCAGGAGUUAAUGUGAUUACAAGCUGAGCCCAACUUGAUAACAUUUUCACCAGAGCUCUGUCUUCACGGUGCCAAGCCGCCAGGAUGAUGGCUCCCCUAGGUCCAUUGAUUUGGGUAACCUUUCCACUUCUCUUCCUCUUGUUGAUUGAUUCCCUGUCUCAAGUGGACGCUGCUAACCACUGCAACGUAAUCUACCAAAAGUCUCAUCUUCAAGCCCACUGCCAAAGCCGAAAUCUACAUAGUAUUCCAAAAAAUUUGACCAAUGGGAAUCGCAUCCACUUUCUUUUUGUGACAAAUAACAGACUUGAAUCUAUUGGAAACAAUGAUCUCGAUGCAUAUCCUUCUUUACAAGAGGUUUAUUUUGAAAAUAAUCGAAUAAAAAGAAUAUCUCGGAAUGCAUUUCACAGCCUACGCAAUCUCAUUCUCAUUGACCUUGAAGGAAAUGACUUAAAAUAUAUUCCAGAAGGCACCUUUCAAAAUCUUAACAAGCUACGAGAACUCAAUCUGGGUGGUAAUGCCAUUGCAAGAAUUGACAACAAUGCUCUGAUUUUACCCAGAUUAGAAAAACUUUCGUUUGCUGAGUGCAAGUUAACAUAUGUGGCACCUGAGGCAUUCUCAGGGUUGGGCGUGUCUUUCACAGAGCUGAAUCUAGCACACAACAGCCUUGCUAGAUUAGACUCAAGAAUCAAGCAAAGUUUCACAAACAAUUUUAACAUCUUGCGGAUUUAUGGUAAUCCCUGGAAUUGUGACUGUCAUUUACGAUGGCUGAGACACUGGCUGGUGCACGCAGAUUUAAUCUGGGAGUUUGGCACUAACGUCCCUAUGUGUGACUCUCCACUGAAACUGAAAAACCAACUCUGGUCAGAUGUAGAGGCAAAUAAUUUUGCAUGCUCUACCAAAGUUCUCACAAAUGGUUCAUCUAAGGUGACAAAUGAAAACAGUCCCGUAUCAUUUGACUGUGUCAUAUAUGCCAAUCCAAAGGCAAAAAUCACUUGGUUUAUGAACGGGACCGAAAUUCAGUCAACUAGCAACAGGUACAAUGUGACAGAAAAUGGAUUAUACAACCUCACCAACACACUUCAUAUCAAAAGUGCCCACUCAAAUGACAGUGGGGUCUACAAGUGCUUAGCUGAGAACCUGUCAGGACAGAGUGAAGCCACGUUUAACCUUAAAGUAUACGCGGCGCCUCCUGCCCAGGCUCAGAGCAACUCUCAUCGAGUAAUCAUGGGUGUUGGUAUGAUAGCCGGUAUUACCACUGCCGGGUGCCUGGGACUUUUAUUGAUCGUUGCCCUUCUAGCUUAUAGUGCUCGAAGGUGUCUUUGCCCAAAAGGAAGCAAGGAUGUCUCUCCAAAUAAACCUACCAUGAAUGGAAAACGUAAUGGGAGCAGCAAUGGCCGCAAGCCUCACAGUGGAGGUGAGGACCACGAGCUUCAGUCUCUCUGUGGAUCUUCAAUGACGGGGACUACGAGAAGAAGUGACCUUGACCCUAUAGAACUCAAACUUUUAAAGGAGCAAGCAUAUCCUAUUCCUGAAGAGUAUACUUCUGAAGGAGAGCUCGGUUUUAUGGGGUCAACAAAUAAACGUGGUUAUUACCCACAUGAUCAUGCAAACUACCAAGAUCCUUAUGAGUAUGAGGACCAACAUUUUUACCCUGGCAAUGGAGACUAUUACCCUCUUACAGACAAUCAAUUAUACCCACAGGACUUACAUGUAGAUCAUAGCUACCCUGAGGAACCAGGGUAUUAUAGACUAAGGGACCCAGACUAUCAGUAUAAUGAAGAUAACAUCAACCCCCAGGAUCUACCCCCACACAUGGACUAUGUUCCCCAGGGUGGUCCUCCUGAACAGUAUUAUGGAUUCCCAGGAUAUAUGCCAAAUGAUCCAGGGUAUUACCCUGACGUCCCUGGGGGUCCCCUCCCCCUGCCUCCAGCUCAUUUAUUGGACCCUGCUCUGGCUCCAGUAUAUGGUAUCCAGCAGAGCCCGGGGCCCAUGGUGGGAGCUCCCAGGAAUAGGAGCCCCAUUCCUCCACAAGGCUCUGACCAUGGGUAUUUUUCUCUACCCAAUGUAAGUGAAGGCCCCCGUAAGAGCCCAGCCCCGUCUCAGGGCUCCAGUAGUAAAGGGCAGAUUCCUUCCAGCAGAAGUGAUGGUUCAUUAAAAAAGGGGGCUGUGCCAAAACAAAAGUCUCGAGAUGGUAAACUAUCUCCUGUAAGUGACAUCAGUAAUGGUGCAAGAAGUCCUCUACCUGGUCCACAAGUAUAUGACAUUAAGCAAAGACAAGGCUCUCUACAAAGAGGGAGCCCUCUGCCAGGUCCUGUUCUGCCACUAGGUGAACAUGGACCAAACACUAGAAGGAGCCCUUUCCCAAGACAGUCCUCAGACCAAACUCCCUACGCCCAAUCUCCAACCACACCUACUGAGAGCUGCCCCCUGCCCCCAAAGAAGCCACCUAGACUGUAUGUAGACUUGAAUGGCUUGACUCAGUCAGACUCUCAGUCCAGAGACACUGUCUCCUCAAAGUCUUCAAAGUCGUCCAGUCAUCAUGAUAUGGGGGAUCCACAUGGAGUGGGAACUGCUGUAUAAAUGUUAUCUCCUGGUCUCACAACAGACAUUUUUUUCUUUGUUUCAGUAAAAUUGCUAAAAUAUUCUAGACAUGUUGAAUUUCUGAGCUUACUUAAAAUGAUUUAUGAUUUAUAGAUGAAAAUUGAUGAAAAAUAUUUCAUUUCGGUUAGCUACCAACUAUUGGUUUUUAGCACUGACAAAAAUCUGUAUCCUAUUGUUAGCCCAGCAACUUUUUAAAACUGAAUCUCAUGCAUUAUCAUAAUCUUUUGUUUUACUGCAAUGUAAAUUGUAUAAUGCCAUUUUGAGAAGUUCUUUUAUACAUAUUCCCUAAUUGAAGAACAUUUCCAAUAAUGAUAAAGGCAAAAAGCUGAUUAAUGCUUUUCUGCUACAGCUUAGAGUUUUUACAAUGCAUUAUAAAUAUAAGUAUGCGCUAUGCAAGCUAAAAUGAUAAUUGUUAAUUGCUUAUUCUUAGAUUAGAGACAAGUCAUGACUGAUAUGUAGGCUUCCAAGCUGAACUGCUCAAGUAGAAACACUGAUAUAGAGUAAAUUGCAGGACUAAGGUUGACAAGUGCUUGCUAGAUAUCAGACACAUCAUUUUAACUAAAUGUUUUAGACCUGCCUUGCAAAAACACGGAGGAGCAAUUACUAUAAUGAUGCUCUAACAAUAAAAAUGAUAUGUGCUGCAUAAAUCAUUAUGGCAUUAAGCAAAUGGUUUUCACCAUAAUUUCCUACUUAUUUCAUGGAGCAAUAAUAAAUCAUAAUUCCUAAAACAAAGCUUUGUUAACAAAGGUCCAGGUGUGUGUGUGUGUGUGUGUGUGUGUGUG